UUUUAAAUAACCAUAUGGCAUACUAGUGUCCCUGCUGAUAGCGUCCGUCUGGUCUUGUGGUGCAGGUACCUUUGCGGGAAUAUCAUCCGGGGGUGUGCCAUCCACUGUUGUUUCGACUAUGGCGGCGUCUUGUACUGGUAGUACCAGCAUGCCUACGAGUCCACAAGUUUCAGCGUCAUUCGCUCCCGCUGUGAGCUGCAUCAUGCCCAUUCCUAGUUCUACGGUAUCCAUAGCCGUAACUUCCGAGCCGCUGCCCUCGCUUCGAUCAGGUGGUUUUGACACAACCCUUCCUGAAUCGCCCAAGGACAUGUUUGCUGGUUUUGACACCAAUGCUGCUGCCGCGUCGACCGCGCAUGAGGCAACUAGCGUGGGUGGAGGCGAUAAUCAUGCGUCGAGCAGCGGCAUUGCUGACGAUGGUGCCCGCUUGAUUGAUGAUUUGUUUAUACCUACCGUUUGUUGGGAUCCUCAUGCCCAGGAUAAACGUUACCAGCCUCAAUGGAAGAUUGCUGAAUCUUCCCGACUUAUCUUUCCUCCAGUUGUCCAACAUUGGGUUGAGAGGGCGUACCCCCCCGCUGAAGCGGCGUAUGUUGAGGGGUUAAACAAUGAGGAUUUGAUGAAUUCGUCUAUAUCAGAUUCUGUGACCCUACCUCGCCGGUUGGUAGAGAUACGGCGCCGGUGGGUGCGUGAUAACACCCAACUUCAUGAGGCCCGGGUCAUUAUCCAAGAACUGAGGGAUGACAAGCAUCGCCUCGAAAGUCAACUGCAGACCGCUGGGUUGAAAGAGGCCCGAUUUCUGUCAGAGAAGAAUAAGGCCGAGGAGGAUUUGCGGAGGGUAACUGAACAUCUCGCUGAGGAAAGGAUCUUAUGGGCCCGCGAUAUGGCGGAAAAAGAUAGGGUUUUGGCUCAAGCGAAAAAUGUACAAGAGGAGUUGGAACGCAAGGCUGUGGCAGAGGCUCAGAAGGUUCAGGAGCGGUACCAGGAUUUGACAACCGAAGUAGAGACCUGUCAUACCAAGAUCCGACUGAUGCAGGGAGAGUUGGAGGAGCGUGAGGCAAAAUUCAAGGAGAUGCAAGAUCAUUGUGAUUCCCUUGUCACCCAAAACAAUAAGCUUGCUGCAUCGUCGUCUUCAAAGUUAAGGGAGGUGGAGGACGCGCUGGCACAAUCCCAUGCAGAGAUCGAUGAUUUGACCAACCAGCUAGCGGCUAUGCGGGGAGACAGGAAUUGGUUGAUAACUAAUGGGCUAGUGGGGGCGUUCGAAUUUCUGCGUGAGUCGUCCCACUUUACUAGCCUGAUUGACCGUCUUUCCGCCGCUGCCUACCAAGCUGGUCAUCAUGAUGGUGUACUUAAGGGCUACAUGGACUGCCAGCAAGCGGAAAGAGUCCCGCCGGACUUCCAAACCCUCAAAAAUAAGUUACAGGCUGAUAUGGCGAAGGCUCUUGAAGCUGCGUACACCGAACCUCUACCUUGCUAUGGCGAUCUGAUGGAUAAAGUUAAUGAAGAUGGAAUAGACUCGCUACGUCUGAUGCUGGACCCUGCGGACGAGUCCGAAGAAGACUGACCAUUCCGUUAUUCAUUUGUUUUGCUCGUUGUGUACUCUUGCUGAUACUGUUUAAAUUGGGUUUAGUGCCCAUUAUCCGUUUUGAUUUGACAGCCAAAUUAAUGCAAAUGUCAUGAUUUCUGACACCGCCGUCGUUGAAAAUAUGACUCUGUGAUGUGUGAUGAUUACUUUUAAUUAAUAUACCUGAUGUCAUCACUGUCAAAACUUGUUA